AUUCCGUUUCGGAUUAGUUUUGCAAGCGGGAAAUUUUUAAAAAAACAGCAACAAAAACAAAAAAGCACCUUCAGGAUUGACAAGAUUAAACAGUAGCUAAUUUCUUGUGAAUUGCGGCCGUGAUACUAAAUAAGAGGGAUAGAUGCAGCAUUUGACACCAAAUGGACAAUCAUCAAGUUCUUGAUGUUGGUGGGAAACAGCAAGGACAUUUGUGCAGCAGAAAAUUGGUACCAGAUAAAAAUAAUGGAAAACUUUUAAGCAUUAAGAAUACUAUUCAAAGUCAAGUAUCUUCAUCAUGCCAAUUUGUUCGCUUUCUUCAUGUAGCAGUAGAUGCUACUGGAGAAAGAAUUGUCAGUGGAGAUCACCAUGGCAAUGUUUACUUGUUUGAUUUUACAAAAAACAGGUUCUGUAAAAUAUGCAGUGUUGGUGCAUCUCUGACGGCUAUUACUUGGAAUAGUUAUCGCGUCAAUGAAAUCUUGAUCGCUCUCUCUAACUUUGAGCUACGUUGUUAUAAUGUUGGCUCGAUGGAGCUUGUUAAUAUCAUGAAGUGUCAUGAUUCUGCUGUCCAUUCGAUAUCUAUACAUGGGUCUGGUCGUUAUGCUUUGUCGUCGUCCUUUGAUACCACCAUUUUAUGGGACCUAAAUACCUUUAUGAAGAAGCGAACAUUAAACGGCGCACAAGAUGUGGGAGUACAAAAGGUUUUCUUUCUGCCUAACAGCAACAAAAUUGUAAGUUGUUUCAAAGAUGACAGUGUCUUUGUUUGGGACUGUGAAACUAUGAAAUGUCUAUAUCAAUUGAGUUCACCUGUUGGCAAGAAACCUGGAUACAAAUGCUUAUCAGCGACAAAUGAUUGUAGGGUGCUGGCUGCCGGAGGGAGAUCGCGAUUUAUUUAUUUAUGGAAUCUUGAUAGCCGUAUGUUAAUUCAAGUUAUUGAGCUCCCAGAGAAAAUCAAAGAAGUAAAAGAACUGGAAUUUGUGACAGACAACUUUGCUGUCAACCAACAUCAAUUGCUAGCUGUGUUAGGGCAAGAUGGAAUACUUCGAUUUAUUGAUACCCAUAAUUGUAAACUGCACGCGGAAAUUGGAUCUGUUGAGCAGAGAAUAUACAGUUUCGCGAUGGGUAAAAACAUGCGAUACGUCGUAGCAGUAUUAGAUAAUGGUUGCAUCGCCGUGCAUCUGUUAAGUCACAUAUUAAAACCACAGGGUACCAAACCUGUUGUACAAAAAGUGAUAACUAGAUCAGAAGGAGGUGAACAAGAAAAUGUUGAAACAUGCAAUGUUGAAAGAAAUGUAAAAAAAUGCAAAAAAAGAUUGCGGAAGCCAUCUGAUAAAAACAAUGUUAGCAUGGUGACGAGCAGUGUAGGCGAUGUGAUCAACACAAAACGUUUGAAAGCGAUUUUGAAAGGCUAUGGCGAAUACCCAGAAAAAUACAGAUUAUUCAUAUGGAGAAGUAUUUUACAACUACCAGAGAAUCACGUUGCUUUCAGUGUGCUCGUCGAUAAGGGUACCCACAAUGCAUUUGCAAUCUUGCAUGAAAAGUAUCCAAUCAAAAGUCGCAAAUUGCUGCGUGUAUUGCAGAGAGUUCUUUCAGCAAUAGCGUAUUGGUCGCCCAUUUUUGGCGAAACAGAUUAUCUUCCUAUGAUGGUAUUUCCUAUUGUCAAGAUGUUUCCUAACAACCAAUUGAUUUGUUUUGAAGUUGUAAUCACCAUUUUGUUGAAUUGGUGUCAAAAAUGGUUUGAAUUUUUCCCGAAUCCACCAUUGAGCAUUUUAUCAAUGAUCGAAUCCAUCUUGGGACAUCAUGACGCCGCCUUGUUGGAGCACUUUAUAAAAUUUAAAAUCUCAGCUCAGACUUACGCAUGGCCGUUACUACAUACGUUGUUUUCUGAGAUUUUAACAAAGGAACAGUGGAUGAUAGUAUGGGAUAACUUGUUUUCCAACCCUCCAUCGUUUAUGCUGUUUUUUGUCGUUUCCUACUUGAUUGGUUCACGUCAAACUUUACUGUCAUGCAAAUCAGAAGAAGAUUUUCAGUUUUUCUUCCACCAUAAAAAUGCUGUUGAUAUACCGAGUAUCAUAAAAGAAACAUACCGAAUUGCUUCGUCGACUCCUGCAAGCAUCGACCCAAAGAAAGUUUUGGAUGAUUUUAGAAGUGUUCCUGUUGGACAAUACCCAGUGUUUGACUGUUACCCAAAGUUUAUAGUUGACUACUUGGUUGAAGAGAGAGAGCGCAUUCGUGAAGAAGAAUUAGAUUAUCUUCGACAAAAGCAAGCAGCUAUUGAUAUAAAGAAGCAAAGAGAAUUAACAAGACGCGAAGAACUCGCUUAUUACAGGGAGCAAGAAAACGUUAUAAAAGCUGAACAGCAAAGGCGAGAAUUAAUUUCGAACGAAGAGAACAAGCUUGCUGCACAGAGAAAAAAGCUCCAAUCAUUAAGAAGAGAUGUUGCAUUACAAGAGUUAGAUGUUUUAGAUGAAGUGCGAAGAAAUUUUCUGCACCAUCAACAGCAGGUGAAAAAUGUGGAAUUGCAACGACUGGAUGACGAACUGAACCGAAAAAUGUUACAACGGGACGAGGAAACAAAAGCUGCGUUAGAAGAUGCAGAAAUCAAAGCAUUAGAAAUUGAAGCUCAGAAGCGAAAUUUCCAAGAGGGUUUAAUGAGAGACAACGUGGAAUCUUCAUUUCAUCUUCAAGUCGAGAAGGACAUCUUACGAAAACAACAAGAAAAUAAAGACGAACGCUUGCGUCAAAUUAUUGAUAGAACUCAAGCUGUCGACGCUGAAACGAUGAAGAACUAUCAAAUACAUCUUGCGAGGUUAGGACAAAACAGACAACAUGUUCAAAUGAAAACUGACCUGGACGCACGUACGAAACUAUGGAAUUUAGAAAGAGAAAUACAAGCGUUACAAAUUGCGAAAAAAGAUUUCGAUAACAAGUUGCGAGAAGCUGAUCUACAUGACGUGAUGCGUGCUAAUAUAGAAAAACAGCACGAGCAACUGUUAACAGAAAAGCUAGAAGAGAAAAAUCUGCGACAUAGUAUUGAUGAUGAUAUUUCGUUCGGGUCUGAUGCCCAACGAGGAUCAUUCAACGAAGCUGAGUUAAAUCUGAUGUCACAGGUUCGAGAUGUGCGGAGAAAGAUGACGCAAAGGAAACACAUUACUGUGCCGUGAGCCUGCAUGUUGUUAUGGUAACGUUUCUACGAUGGCUUCCCGAAGCAAGACCACGUUCAUGUUGUUACGUUACUUAAAACACGAUUUCUUCAAACAAGACAACAACAUAUUUGACGUCGAGUAGAUGUCGUUUGGGUGGAGCACGAAUGAAGACAUUUGGUGUCGAGUGCGUAUGAGUUUGUUUACUUGACAUUGCAACGAUACGAAAGUUACACAAAGAAUAAAGUGGAACAUGAAAUAACAACACUUCUUGAUACAUCACUUGGCGUUUCAUGAUAGUUUAGCUUUUUUAAAAGCUUGGCAUUGUUCCUAUAAUUGUCUAAUUGUAAAUAUUGUAAUAUGUAAAGACGAGUUAUCUAGUUAAGGGAGAACUUACUUGUGACUUGUAGCCAAUUAAAUAUAAGAUUGUAAUAAGGGUUGUGACACAACAUUCGAUCAAUUAAGCGCGAAAGCAAAUGCGAUAUCCCAGAUGAUGCAAGAAGCGAUAAAAUCUGUAGUAAAGAUGGCUACCGAAGCCGUUGAAGAACGCGAGAGAUAAAUAGCAAAAAUAGUCAAAACCGGAGGAUAACUGGAAAAUGUGAAAGAUAAGCGUGAUGUUUUUAAGAAGUGAGUCAAUCUUCCAUGUAAAAUUAGAGAACCGGAAAACUCAGCGCGUACCAAAACGAUGCGAUUAAAAACCUGAAGGAUAACGUUUCUGAACUGUGUAUACUUAAUGCAAGCGACAAAUAGAGAGUUUA